CAAGGGUGCUGUGCGCUCCAAAGAGAGCACUUUGGCGUGCAGAGAGAGUGAAAAUGGGGCCGGAGGAGAGUCGUAGUUUGACUUUUAACCAAACCGAUUCCUCCUAGAUAUUAUGCUUGGGCACGAUGGUUUGCCAAAAUAGAAAGCCAGACCUUGUUAUUUUUACUUCCACUUCCUGGCGAGCUUCUCCUUCUAGACCGCAGGCCAAAUGGACCUCAUGGCCCAUUCUUCCACUUUCCUCCUCCCCACGAUCUCCGGCGACCACCGCCCUUCUCUUACCUACGUCCUCGUCUUGCUUAACCAACGCCUUCCAAGGUUCACUCCUCUCCUCUGGAAGCACGCACAACUACGCCUUUGUGCAGAUGGAGGCGCCAAUCGGGUCUACGAUGAAAUGCCUUUGUUGUUCCCGCACGAAGAUGCUCUCGACGUUCGGCACAGGUACAAGCCAGAUGUAAUCAAGGGAGACAUGGAUUCAAUCCGAACAGAAGUACUGGACUUCUAUACCAGCUUGGGAACCAAGGUUGUUGAUGAAUCUCAUGAUCAAGACACCACAGAUCUACAUAAGUGCAUUUCAUAUAUUCGUGACUUCACUCCAAACUUGGACAAAUCUAAUCUUUGCAUUCUUGUGGCUGGUGCGCUUGGUGGACGAUUUGACCAUGAGGCUGGAAACAUAAAUGUUUUAUAUCGUUUCUCAACCAUGAGAAUAAUUCUUAUAUCUGAUGACUGCCUCAUCUACCUCCUUCCAAGGACUCACUAUCAUGAGAUUUAUAUCCAAUCCUCUGUUGAGGGUCCAAAUUGCGGACUCAUUCCCAUAGGGAUGCCAUCUGCGAGUACCACAACUACUGGACUCCAAUGGGAUCUCACUAACAUGGAGAUGACUUUUGGUGGUCUAAUAAGUACAUCGAACAUAGUCAAAGGAGAGAAGGUAACCGUACAGUCCAGUUCAGAUCUUCUUUGGACGAUUUCCAUUAAGAAGACAUAGCACCCUCUGGCCCCUACUUCAGAUGGCCGAUAAGUUCGCCUAACUUGCACUAAAACGACGCUUUCAAUAAGCUAAUGCUUUUUUUUUGGCAUAUAUGAUUUUAUCAUUUGGAAGAAAUUAUCAUUUUUCUUUCAAACGUUUUUUGCCUGAAGGCAAGUCAGAGGGGUUCUCCCUUUUUGGCCUUUUGGAGCGUGUAUCAUGUAUUGUGGGAGAGACAUCAACUUAUUUAAUAUUCAAUUUGCUUUUGCUUC